AUGGCGUGCGGGCCGUUGAUAGUGUGCUUUGGGGAAAUGCUUAUAGAUUUUGUGCCGGACACAGCUGGUAUUUCGUUGGCCGAAUCAACUGGUUUCCUCAAAGCACCGGGCGGGGCACCGGCUAAUGUCGCCUGUGCCAUCACUAGACUUACCGGAAACUCUGCCUUCAUCGGCAAGUUUGGAGACGAUGAGUUUGGGCACAUGCUGGUGGAUAUCUUGAAGAAGAAUGGGGUAAAAACCGAAGGAGUCUGUUUCGAUCCCGAAGCGCGGACAGCACUAGCAUUCGUGACGCUGAAGAAGGAUGGAGAGAGGGAGUUUAUGUUUUACAGAAACCCUAGUGCUGAUAUGUUGUUGAAGGAAUCUGAGCUGAAUAUGAAUAUGAUAAAGCAGGCGAAGAUCUUCCACUACGGAUCCAUCAGUCUGAUUUCAGAGCCGUGCCGAUCCGCUCACUUGGCCGCCAUGAAAGCUGCUAAGAGUGCUGGUGUGAUGCUUUCUUAUGAUCCUAAUGUACGCUUGCCUCUCUGGCCAUCUCCUCAGGCUGCCAAAGAUGGGAUCAUGAGCAUCUGGAAAGAAGCUGAUUUUAUCAAGGUAAGCGACGACGAGGUACAGUUCCUGACUGAUAAAGAUUCUGACAAGGAAGAUGUUGUUUUAUCCCUGUGGCAUGAUAAGCUCAAGCUGCUGGUUGUAACUGAUGGAAGCAAGGGUUGCAGAUAUUUCACCAAGAAUUUCAAAGGAAGAGUGGCGGGGUUUUCUGUAAAACCAGUUGACACAACUGGAGCUGGUGAUGCUUUUGUUGGUGCUCUCCUGGUGUCUGUGGCCAACGAUCCUUCCAUGUUUGAUGACGAAGUGAAAUUGAGGGAAGCUCUAUCAUUCGCAAAUGCAUGUGGAGCAUUAUGCACAAUCCAGAGGGGAGCAAUCCCGGCACUUCCUUCGAUCUCCGACGCACUUCAACUCAUCAACUCAGCCCCUCGCUAG